UUGGAGGAGGGAAUCUCUCUCUGACCACAGGAGCCUGACAAUACAUGGAGUUCAUGGCUGGCUGAACCUGCCCAGCUGGGAUUGCAGAGAGAGGAAUCUGAGGAUGCUGGCCCUGACCUAGGGCUGGAGAUAAAGGGCCUGGGUGGAAGAAGCCAAAGGAAACAGCAGUGACAGAUUGGAGAGGGCAGUACGUGGCUACUGUGCAUAGGGUCCCUGGACUGGAACCCAGAUCAGUGAAUGAGCCACGUUCUGCCACCACCCACUGGUGUAAACCCCACAAAGGGGAUGGGGCUUAUUUGGGACUCUGAACAAAGGGCUAAAUUUAAAGGGCCCAGAGCUGCAGCUGAGGACCUCGGCAAGGGCAAAUAGACUGUUUAUUUACUAGACUCUUUAAUACCCUGGAAGGGUCAUUCAGACUUUGUGAUUCAGCGGGAGGGCCAAGCCACUGAAGGCCAGCAGCCUGCAGGUGGCACCAGGGGUGAGAAAAGGAAGGCAGUACUGCACCCUGCCACUUGGAGGUGCUCAAGAGAAACCCACGAUGUCCACCCUGACACUUCCAGGUUAGAAGUCUGCCUUGGGACGUGCCGCUGCCCUUUUAAACCUGGCCACCCCAGCCCAGAAUGGCUUUGUGCCUCAGCCAAGUUUUCAACAAAGACAAAACCUUUCGCCCCCGUAAGAAAUUCGAGCCCGGCACCCAGCGGUUUGAGCUGUACAAGAAAGCCCAAGCCUCUCUCAAAUCUGGGCUGGAUUUGAAGACUGUGGUCCAGCUGCCUCCUGGGGAGAAUAUCAAUGACUGGAUAGCGGUGCACGUGGUUGACUUCUUCAACAGGAUAAACCUUAUCUAUGGGACGAUGUCGGAGUUCUGCACCGAGAAGAGCUGCCCCAUCAUGUCUGGUGGGCUCAAAUAUGAAUACAGAUGGCAGGAUGAUCACAAGUACAAGAGGCCGACUAAGCUCUCAGCACCCCAGUACAUGUGUAUGCUGAUGGAAUGGAUCGAGAUGCUCAUUAACAAUGAGGACAUUUUUCCUACCAGGAUAGGAGUCCCCUUCCCCAAGAAUUUCCAGCAGGUGUGUACCAAGAUCCUCACCCGCCUUUUCCGAGUCUUCGUCCACGUCUACAUCCACCACUUCGAUAGUAUCAGCAGCAUGGGUGCCGAGGCCCAUGUCAACACUUGCUACAAGCACUUUUACUACUUCAGCAGAGAGUUCAGCCUCAUUGACCACCGGGAGCUGGAGCCUUUGAAAGCCCAAGAAGACAUGAGGAAAGUCGGAUUGAUUGAGACUUGGGCAGAAAGAAAUGACAGAGAGAAUUUGCCACUGAGGUGAUGUCUGCCGAGAAGUCUGUCCUUCUACCCUGGAGCCCACUUGCAAUGGGAUGGAAAUGCGGAAUGCUGGACAAUCUGACUCCGAGCUCUUGCUGUGGAAGGAACAGUGUUUAUAUUAUCCCAGUCUCUGUUACGUGGAUACUUUAUUUUUAGAAACCAUUGGCCAGAACGGGGAUAGGACGUGUGUGUGUGUUGGGGGGGGGGUUUAAAUACAUACCACAGAUUUCAUUCUUAUCCCCAUGAGCCCUAAUCACCCGCUUCUUUAUUCCCCGUCAAUCCCAUCCCCUACACACCUGGUGUGUCCUAAAUUAUGUGGUUUUCCUUUAAUUAUGGCACUGAUGGCUGGAGGGUGAAAUCCCUAGCUAAAUGCUUCAGUGAUUACAUCUGCUCACUGGAUUGUGACCCUAUUUUGAUGACAAUAGACCUCUAAGCAAGUAGUUGUUUUGAGGGUGGGGACAAGGAAGGGGUUUGGAUAAGGCAGGGGUUCAGAUAAUAUAGGGUUUUGGAUAACCAGGAGUUUACUAUACCAGGAUUCUGGCUGCCCCAUGUGCAGGUAUGUGAAGAAAGCUCCUUUUCCACCAUUGCACGCCUGUGCACUAGCAGCCAGGACACAGACACUGGGAAGGAGUUGACUAGCUCACUUUAGAAAUGUUCCUAAAAGGGUAGAGAAACACAUGGGGAAAAAGCACCAAGAAUCACAUUCACCCUGCACCACCCCCCGGCUUCAGCCAGGCGAAGGGGAGCUGCGGAGCAGGGGCGCACACAAUGACUAGCACCAAGAGAACUGAUUUCCUCUGUGCUCUCCAACAGUCAAAUGGAGGUGCUUAUUAUCUGAAUACUGAGCCGGGGGUCUAAUCUCAGUUCUCAUGGCUUCCUUUAGUUGGGCUCUGGAUCUUGUGCUUAAUAAAAACUCCCAGGACCCUGUUUGACAUUCCAGUGAAGUCAGUAGUGUUACACCAGGGAUGAAUUUCACCCACGCACAUCCUGGUCUGUCCAGUGGUGGGUCACUGAGAGCUCUUCCUUCCAAACCCGGAAGGUUGGCUACAAAUACAACCGUGUAACAGGGCUGGGUGAAGUUCAGCUGAUGUGGUUUGUGGUAGGGAAGGAGAAUGGGAUUGUGGGAACCAGAGUCAAUCUGACUAGAGCUGGUCAAAACUGACGAUUGAAACAGUUUUGUACCGAACAAUGGCUUAUUCCUCAAAAUGGAAAUUUCCAUGGGAAUGAUUUCUCCCCCACCUCCUCCUCGAGUAUCCAAAAACUGAAACACUUUGGCCAAAUCCCCCCAUAUCUUCAGUUUUCAAUUGAAAAUUUUUCAGUUUGUUGGCUCUUUAAUCUAGCAGAGGUGUAACAAGAUCCAACGGCUGGUAGUUGUUGCUGGACACGUUUAGAUUGGAAAGAAAGCAUAUAUUUUUAACGGUGAGCAUCAUUAGCCAUUGGACCAGCUUCCUAAGGAUUGCAGUUGGUUCUACAUCACUAGCAAUUCUAAAUUAAGAUCGGAUGUCUUCCUAAAAGAUCUGCUCUGGUUCAAACAGGAAUUAUUUCAGAGAUGUUCUCUGGCCUGUGUUAUACAGGACAUCAGACUAGCUGAUCACAGUGGUCCCUUCUGGCCUCUAAUUGGGGGGUGGGUUGUUGGGUUUUUUUUUUUUUAAAAAAAACCCCAAAACUUUUAAAGGAAAAUGGAGAUGAAAACAGGAUUUUUCAUGGGAACAAAUACCAUCCCCACUAGUUCUGGCUCUGUUUUGGGGGUUGAGCAGAGCCCCAAAACUGACAUCAAAACUCACUCGAAACUGCUGAGUUUUUCAUUCAAUUUUGACGUGAAACCGUAUGAAGCUGUGAGUCUUCCUUCAGCACCUAAAGUAAGCCCCAGCUCCCUCAAAACCAGGUCUGCUUUCCCCAGAAAGCUUUGCAAAUCUCUGGUAAGCCAGGGCUGCAUUUCAAGGGCCUGAUGCUGCGAGAUGAGCAUCCCUAGGCCAAUCUGGGAUGUCUGUGAGCAUUGAGGGCUGACCCACCUCGUGUUCAGGCUCCAAGUCUUUAUCAAAAAUCCAACAACCAGGCAGCUGCAGGUGAUGGCAAGAUUUGCAUGAAGUUUCAUAGUGCUCUUAUCUAGGAGUUUACAAUCUAGUAGCUUCUGGUUUCAGGGCCAAAUUCACUGCGGGGGCAACUCCACUGAAUUCACUGAACGUGGCCCUUUUUGGGUAAAGGAUCAUUAAUGUGUUUACAAUUGCAAUAAAAUAUCGCACCACCAUCCCCAUCCCUACAUUUUCAGGGCCAUGCAAUUCCCACGGACUUCAUGUGGUUAAAACCCCAUGCAGCGCUUUUAGACAUAGUCAUUACAGUCAUGCAUCUCCCUUCUUCCACACUAACCAACCUACCAGUUGCUGCAUCCCCACAGGGACCAUUUUUUCAAGGAGCAAUAUUUCCCCUCUUGUCCCUUAGCGAAGAUAACUUCAUCAGUCUGGGCUAUUCUAAAUGGGUCUUGGAGCAUCAUGUAUAGGUGGCCUUGGUGACACAUGCAUUCCAAUCCGGACAGUGUCAUUUUUGCAGGUAUUGUCAUGGUUUCUUCUCCCUUUGUGUAUAUAAAUAAACGCUUCCUUUGAAAUGCUCUAUGAAGGACUUAGAGCAAAAAUGAAGGACAAAGGAUUUACAGAAAGGAACAAGCGAUGUGGCACCGAAUGAUGAAUCAUCUUCCUGUUACUGCUUCUGGAAGGCUAACAGCAAGCAGCACGUAGGUUUCCCCAUGUUGCUGGGUGGGGGGAUAUUUCACCAGAGAAAUAUGGGUUCUGUGUUGUUUCUAACUCUCUGGGAAUGUUCCAUCAGAGGAAUGUUCUUUGCUUUGGAGACGUUCGUUGCAUGACAAGUAGCGCAUGUCGUGAUACAAAGUGAAGGUGGGAAAUCAUAAUGGGAAAAACCAUCAAUAUUUUUGGACAAGCUCUCUCGGCUUUGAAUGCCUCAGACACUGCUACUGGAUGUGGUCUUAUCGGAAUCAAAUCUUGCACCUUGGAGGAUCUUACCAUUUAAACUCUGAUGGGCUGGUAAAAUCACACGUUAGAAAUUCCCCAUAUCAUGCUUGUAAUACCUACUAAUGAGUGCAGUGUUACACUGGCCUUUGGGCAAGAGGUGAAGUGAUUUCUUGGGUUUUUUGUUUGUUAUAUAUCAAAUGAUCUGAGCCACAGUAUAGUUACAUUUGUGUCUUCCGGCCUUUCUCUGUAGAGGUUUUAUAUGUUAUAUGGCGUCAAUAUUUAUAUUGUGUGCUGUACUGUUUUUUUGCUUAUGAAACUGAAAUGUUAAAGCCAGUAUUCAAGUGCACCAGCAAAUUUGUGUGCUCAAAGCACUUACUUUAUUUUUUAAAUCUUGUAUACCAGAUGUGUAUUUUUUACAUAGAAACAAGAAAGAAAAAAGGAGCAAAAAGGGGGGGAAGUGCCACUCCAAUAUUUUAUGCAUAAAAUAACUGAUAAAAUUCCAAAUGUUCUCAUUUUGUUACGAAUUAAAGAAACAUGAACAAA